UUUUACAUAUCUUCUUCUCUUAAUUAACAACAUGCAAAUUAAAUCAUUAAUUAUUUUAUCAGUUUCCCGACUUUUUUUGUUUCGUUUAUUUGCAGCAAUAUUUCAGCCAACUUAUUCCUCUGAGAAUUUUAGACAGAGACGUUCACAAGAAUUAUAUGAAGUACGUGUCUUUGAAGGAGCGCCUAUUGGAACAAAGGCAACCUUAAAUGAAGCUUUUGAUAAAGCAUUGUUACCAUUCAAUUCUUGUUUUGCACAAAUGGAUUCUGAUUUGGAUUGGCUUGAUUUUGAUCCUCUAAGACUUGUUUUCGAAACAAUUUCUGAAAUGCCCCAAAAUAAUAAUAGCAGACCCGCACAAUUUGCAGUACUUCAUUUACUUUGCCCAACCAAAAAACAUUCUCUCCAUUUUUCCGUUCAUAUUACAAGAAGGAAUAGACAUGCACCUAAAUUUCUUGAAUCCGAUUAUAAAUUUUAUGCACCGAUAGAUUUGUCUGUUGGGGCAGAAAUUGGUAGAGUUCAAGUUCAGGAUCAAGAUCCAAUUAUUUACAACAGCCAGGUCCAGUUAAGUAUUUUACUUUCAUCUUCUUCAACUCCAAUUCUCGGUUCCCAACCUCGAAGAAGUGCUAAUAAUUUAAUUAAUUCUGAUGAAGAACAAUCAUUACAUUGGGAUAUAACUAAAGAAGGAUUAAUUAUAGUCAAAAGAUCUUUACGCCAAUUACGCCUUUACAAGCCUUAUCAAAUCCGGCUAUUGGCUAUAGACUUUGGAUCUCCUCAACUUUUUUCAUUGGCAAAUGUAUCUGUUAUACCUGUUUCUGUUUCGGCCACACAAAAUGUUCGUGUAAACAUAGCAAAUACCCAUUACCAAAUAUUUCAAUGGGAUUUACCUACAUUUGGAAUUCCUGAACGUUUCCGUUUAAUUUUGAAAAGAAAACCUUCAAAUAAAAAUGAGGGAGAGAAUAAAUUAAUUUUGCAUCAACAAAUGAUUGAACCAACAGAAACGAUUACAAUGACUAGAGUUCGUUUAUUGCCUGGAGAACAAGUAGAACUUUGUAUUUGGUCUGUAGACGCAGAAGGAGAAACUCCUUCGGAAAUUAUUAAUUUUCAAACGGUUGAGAAUGCUCCUCAAUGUGAUGGUCAAUGUUCAUCACCUAAUGUUGGCCUUCCAAUGUGUUACUUUUCUAGUGCACAUUAUUUAAGACAACAUUGCCCAGCCCAAAGAGUUCUUGAGCAAUAUGGAGGUGUUGAUUGGCCUGAAACUACUGUAAACAAUUCUGCUUUUGUUCCGUGUCCAUAUAAUGAAGAUGGUCGUCGUUUAGAAAGAAGUUGUGGGUGGGAUUCACAAACAGAAAUGCCAAUUUGGGCAACAGCUUCGCAACAAACUUCAAAACAAACAGAACAACGCGAAACUGGUGGAGGUAGUUGUAGAACGCAGAGUUCAGUACUUGUCCAUCUUGGUGUCUUAGCUAAUUAUGGCCAAAGAACUGAACAGACCCUCUCUGGACUUCAAUCAGUAAUGCGUUUUCUCUCUACAUUACUCCAAUUCCCAGCAUUUCAAACAAAUAUUCAUUCUGCUCAUUUUGAUGCAAAAAUAGCAGAACAUGUAGCUCAAGUUUUGGAUGUUUUGGCAACAAAAAAUUUUUCUGCAUUGGGAGGAAUUGGAAAUAAUAAUGAUAAUUCUUCUCGGUUACUUAGGCGGCAAAUAGCUGAUUAUACAAAAGAAUUUGCGAGAAGAUUACCGAAUCCAUUUUUACUUCAAAGCCCAAGUGGAGGACUCCAAAUGCGUGUUUGGGAUAUACUUCCUUCAGCCUCAACAUCAUCACAGCUUUCCACUGAUAAAGAUUUAUUUGAUGACCCGAAUAUAUUUUUAGAAGAUAAAAAAGAAGAAAAUUCUUUAAAAGAAGACGAAGACGAUGACGGAGGUGUGCAAAUUGGCUCUUGUUUUGUUCAACCUCCAAAGGGGAGAAGGAAUAAUUAUGCGAGAAUAGCUCGUGCUGUUUGUUUUAAAAAUGCAACUAUAGCAUUAUUCCCCACUCUGGACGAAUUUGAAAUUGUUAGUGGAAAUCCAGUUUUGAUGUUGGAAGUUAGGAAAAGCAGGAAUGGACAAAAGAAAAAAAGAAAUGAAGAUGGAAUAAUAUCAAAUUCGAACACAUUUCCUUCGGAAUUAACAGAAGAGAUAUCAGAAGAAAAUCGAGAUCGUGAACCUUUACUUGUUGGAUUUAGAUUACCUUCAAUUAGCAUGUCUAUUGAAGACGAAGAUAAUCAUACCUGCGCUCAUUAUGAUCAGAAUGCCCAAAUUUGGUCAAUUUCUGGUGUUGUUGUUCUUUCACGCGAAAGCCGUCCUAAUGGCCAGAUUUUACUUUGUGAGGUUCAUGGUUUAAAAUCCUCUGGAGUGUUUGCGGCUUUGCCUGAUAGAUUAUUUGCACAAACUGAUUUAGGGCUGACAAAAGCUUUUGUUUUAUUUUUUGAAAAUUUUGGGCCUACAAUAAGUGCUGUUUUUACAAUUGUUCUUUCUUUGGUUCUUCUCUUCUCUUUUAGCAUCUUUAGGAGAUCAAAUCGCCCUAAACAACAAACAGACCCAGCCCAUUUAACUUUACUAUUAUCAUUCAUUUUACUCCAUUUUUUUCAUUUUCUCUUGCUAAUUCGUCCACAAUUAUCUUCAAAUUCUUCAUUUUUGUGGUGGAGAUGGUGGCCAGAUUCUAAUAUUUUAUUCUUAAUUUUUCAAUUAUCUCUACUUUCGUUUACUUCUUCAAUAGCACUUUUAACUACGUCAAUUUAUUCAAGAAUUGUAAGGCUAGAAGUGAGAACAUCAUUAAAAGGGAAAUCGAGAAGAGCUAGAUCUUUGGCUACUUUACUAUUUUGUUUAGUUCUUCCAUUAUCAUUAAGUGUGUUAACUUUAAUUCUUGAUGGCCAAAUACUUGAAGGACUUGACUCUGAUGAUCCUCAUUUACAACCAUUUAAUUGGAUAUUUGGAUUAUUUCUUUUAUUACCUUUAAUUAUUUCUUUGGGCAUUGCUAUGGGGUUUGGAGCUUAUUCUUUUUGGUAUGCCAAUCGGCUUUUGGCUGCUUCUUUUUCAUCAACAACUGUCCCAACAACUUCUGCUUCCAAUUGGCCAACUGAUUCUUUAGAAUCUCCGAGCACAACUUCAAUAUCCACAACACCUUUACUUCUUCAACGUCGCCUACUUCAUCGUUUAGGAAAGGCUUCUGGACUUUCCUGGCUUCUUCUACUAUUUCCCAUUUCCAAUUUAUUAGUUCUUCUACAGCCAACAGAAACUUUAAAAUGUCUUGUUCUUUUUAUUCUUCACUUGUUAACUUUUAUUUGCCUUUAUUUAUUCCAUUUUCUUCUUGUCAAAAUCCAAUCUAAAAUGCCGCAACAGAAUAACCAAUUAAAUGGGGGAGGACAAUUAAUUAGUAAUUCUAGUAAUGGAAAUGGAAUUUAUAAAAAUAAUAAUGGAAAUGGAAAUAUUAAUCAACAACAACAAUUAUAUGUUCAUCAAACUGGUGUUGGAAAUAAUGGAAUUAAUCAAACUGAAAGAAUGGUUAAAUGUUUUUAG